AAACGGUGUGGUUCGGUCAGCAGUGAUAACGUACCUCGAUGCAAGGAAAUGUGCUCAGAGCAAGAAGUGAAAUGUACAAAUCUAAAGAGUGUGGAGAUACGUAUCAAGGCGUGGAUCUGAUGUUUUUCAUACCCUGGUUAUAGAGGCUAUAGAUCUUACUUUGCGAGUUAAAGAACACAUCGGAACUAUGGCUUUUCGAUGGAAAAAGACAAAAUUUGCUGUCACUUGUCUUUAUUUACUCAUAAUUAUCAACUUUUUGGUGCUGUUUUAUUACGUGCAUUUCUCCACCUCAGAACAGAAAUCAAAAUUUGGUGGAAGAAUUAUAUCAGAAGCUAAAGUCAUCCUAAGAAAAGAAUUCCUGAGAAAAAUAUACGAGGAUGGAGAAAUUAUUGGUGCUGCGGACUUUGAUAAUAAUGUUGUUUUAAUGUCUAGAGAAUCAGAGGAGAAACAAAAAGCGGAGAAAAUAAUUCAAAACUAUGUUAUUGGUAAUCAUAAAGAAGAAAUUUUGGCGGAAAAUGAAUUGUUUGAAGAUGAUACAGUUCCUAGAAAUGUCAUUGUGGCUGAAAAUGAACUGAAUGAAGAUGAUACAGUUCCUAUACAGACCGAUAGUCUGUCCGUGCAUAUUGACAAUAAUGCCCUCAAUGGUGAAAACAGUGAAAGCCUGAAUACCGAGGAUAAACAUUAUUAUGUGAAAUAUUUAGAAGAUGAGCUGCAUGAUAGCGUAUUAGCCAUGUCGAUCAGAGGAAAAUUGCAGUUACCAGUUGAAGAAGUGCAAAAGAGGAUCUUACCGUUGACUAAUCUUCUGACCAAUCACGAAGGCGCUUGUCGUAAUUUAAAAGGCAUUUCAUUGGUCACCUUUGUGACGUCAUUGCCGGAAAAUGUCGAACAAAGAGAGACUAUAAGGAACACGUGGGGUAAAGUGUUAAAAGAACGCUAUAAUGCGGCAGUAAUGUUCGUAAUUGGUGUGAGUUUAGAUGACGAUAUUGAUAUCAGGAGUGAACACGUUUAUUCUCAAGAUAUUAUUCAAACAAGUUUUUUAGAUACCAGCAAGACCCGUAUACUAAAAACAAUUACUAUGCUGAGAUGGAUUACAGAGUUCUGUGCAAAUGCGAAAUUUAUUUUGAAAACAAACGAUGCCACUUUUAUACAACCCGAGAUUCUUUUUUCGGAGCUUGGGCACGUGAAUGAUUCAAAGAUAGUAAUUGGAAGGGCUCUUGCUGGAAUACGCCCGCAACGAGAUCCCAAUAAACAUACUUUCGUUUCUAUUGAUACAUGGCCUGAGUCUAGAUACCCAGUAUAUCUGGAAAAUCCAACGUAUAUCUUGUCUGGGGAUGUUGCUCAUGAACUAUAUGUAGUUGCCAUGGAAACUCACCUAUUUCCACAUGAUGAUGUUUACCUUGGAAUACUUCUUCAUGGAAUUGAUGUGGAGCUACGUGAGUCAGCCAGGAUCGACCCAAGAGGAGUAACACGGUUUAUUUGUGAUGUUUCUAAUGCAUUGUCUAUAAGCUCUCUUAACAAAAACACAAUAGAAACAUAUUGGAACACAUUGGAAGUAUAUCCAGGAAUUUGUAAAGAUGAUGAGACUUUUGAAGAGAAACAACUCUAUGUACAGAAUCCCUACUAUCAGUGUGCACAGGCUUCUCUCACUCGGAAGACAGUGCUCCUUUUUCUGAUAUUCAGUGAUGCUGUUAACGCCCCGCAAAGAUAUUCCAUAAGAGACACAUGGGCGAACUACAAUCAGAUGAAUCUGAAUAAUGCAAUAACUAUCUUUGUCAUCAGAAUGCCCAAAAAUAAGAUAUUAAAGGCGUCAGUAGAAGUGGAGAACCAUGAAUUCGCAGAUAUUCUCGUUUUGUCAAAUAAUCUUGGGAAGAUUGAUAUCAUUUUAUCUGCCUUACAGUGGGUUAAACGUUUCUGUUAUACUGUCAGUUUUGUUGUCAGAGUAGAAGACGAUGUCAUAUUUCUGUCAAAUAAUUUGUUGAAAGUUUUAGAAAUGAUCCCGAAUAAACGACUAGCCCUUGGUGAUGUACGUGAACGUGGAGAACAGUUAUUCCAUAGAAAGGGGAGUCAAUGGGUUCUAGACAGUCAUCCUAGUCCGUCCUUAAAAUAUAUUGACUCGCAUGCAUAUGUUAUAUCCUAUGACCUUAUCGGAGACAUUUUGCACAUUUCUGAAAACUACAAAAUGAUCAAUGUCAGUGAGGAAUCCUAUUUUGCAAAAAUAUUCAAUGAUUUAAAUAUUAACCUUGUGCAUCAUCCUGGAUUUGAUAGUCGUGGUCAGCUUAGACAUCUCUGUGAUUUGAACCGAGCAAUCACAUCAAGAUACAUGUCAAGUACUGAUGACAUGAUGUUCAAAUAUUGGAAAGGCAUCAACGAAUGGGCGCCAUUGUUAUGUCACAGUGUAAACUUAGGAAGAUCAAUUAUGAUUGGUGGAGGAAGCAAAGUCAGAGAAUCUAAUGUACAGUUCAGUCCGCAUGACUAUGUUUACCUGAUAAAUGAACCUGAGAAGUGUUCUGUGUUUGACAGCACUCAAGAGCUUACCAUAUUGUUGGGGAUCGUAUCCAGGGCACGAGAAUCACAAAUUAGGCAUAUCAUCCGUUCUACCUGGGGGAGCAAGUAUCACCAUGGUAACGUGAGGGUUGUUAGCGUGUUUAUGAUUGGCACAGAGAGUAAUGGUGAAAAUAAAAUUGCAGAAGAAUCUUAUUUAUAUGGUGACAUAAUACAAGAGAACAUCAAAGAGAACUACAAGAACUUAACUCUCAAAACGAUAAUGUUAUUGAAGUGGGCAUCUACGUAUUGUACACGUGUUGAUUACGUCAUCAAAAUCGACACAGAUGUGUUCCUCAACGUUGAUAAUAUGGUGGAACUGCUGAAAUAUGCCCCGAGAACGUCAUUCUAUCUUGGGGAGACAAAGGUUGAGACCCACCCUAUUAGACAGCCACGGAGUAAGUGGUACACCCCUGUAGAUGCCUGGAUUGAGUCUACUUAUCCCCCAUAUAAUGAUGGCCAUGCCUAUGUUAUGUCUAUAGAUGUUGUCCAAAAAGCAUACCACGCAUCGAUGACGUCAGUUUUAUUUCCUUGGGAGGAUGUCUACAUUGGUAACCUCCUAGCAAAUUUUGGAGUAGCUCCUCUACCUCAUAAACGUUUUGAUCGGAUGAAUUUCUACAAGAGGGCCUGUGACUUGAGGCAUUGUCUCACCUCUCAUGGAUUUGAUCCAAUGCGAAUGUUUUACAGUUGGUCAUAUCUGGAAAAAUGCAACACCGAUCCCAAUGGAUGUAUCUGCAAUAAUAAGCAACCAGGACACGUGACAUUCAAUGACCUAUCAUGGAAUAACAAGAAGAACAUACGCCACCCGUCAGAUUGUCUUCAAAGUGACAAUGCUGACACAUUUCUUCUCGUCGUUGUCAUGACAUCUUCAGUCAAAUACUCCUCUCGGAUGAUGGCACGCCUGUCGUGGGCGAUGCCUAAGUCGGUAGAUGGGAAAAGGGUUCAAAUCGUGUUUUUAGUGGGCUCUACUGAAGACGUUUAUCUUCAAACGUUCAUAUUUAAUGAAAACAUUGUCGAACAAGAUAUACUUGUAGGGAGAUUCCCAGAGCAUAACUCGGCAAAAGGAUUUUCUGAAAUGCAGCAAUUUGCCAUUCAGUGGUCAUCUCAAUGCGGAUUUCCCGAAUAUAUGAUGUUUGUGACAGAGGACAUGUUUGUAAACGUUGACAAUGUAGUAAGAUUUCUGGUCAAUGAUGCUGUUUCAUCGCCAUUGGAUGCACCAUCGGGGCUUGUGUAUCACUGUAUAGGUAGCUUCUGUAAAUGUAAACAGCAUGAUUAUCCUGAUAGUGUAAACUCUGUUAGUAUUCUGUCCCACCAGACACUGAGAAAAUUAGUAAGAUAUAUGCAACACUUGAGGCAGGAACCCGCGCUGAAACAAACAUACGAUUUAGUUGAAAUGUAUCAGCUGGUGAAUGUUUCUGUGAGAAGUCCGCAUGCUUUUGAUGUUAGAGGGCGCUAUAUGUACCGUCACUCAGGCAUGUGCAAGUUACAUCAAGUAUUGGUGGCGUCACACUUCACUACCCACCAGUCCGUUGUUGCUCAGUCAUUCCUAGAUGAGUCUUACUACGCAUGCGCAAACUAUUUACGCGACCAAGAAAAAGCCAUUGGCAGCAGUGUUUGCACGGCUCAUUUGAAUUAA